UUGUAUAAUUGCCAAAGCACCAUCCCAACCUUAUCUUCAAGACAUUUCCAAAUUCCACCCAUCUUUGGUUGUUUAAGCAAAUAAGGUAAUAAUAAUUUGACAAAACACAAGAGCUACCAUAUUUAGUACCAAACAAUAUGCAUCCUACUAUACUUCCCAAGGGUAUGGCCAAAUGGACAAUGAUGCCAUGGCCUAGGCUACCUAUACCAUUAUCAAUUGUCAAAUUUCCAACUCACAAUGUAAGCUUGUGUUUUGACUUUAAAGACUUAGAUUUGAGCAACCAAAGAGGUAUAAGCCUUUUGUGUGGAGCAAGGAGGCAAAUUAGAUACCAAGACGAGGAUGAAGAAAGAGAUGAUGAGUCUGGACACAAUGAGGAAAUUUCAAAGUUGGAAUUCUAUAGUCAAUCAGCAAGAGGAGAAGCACUCAUUGUUCAUGCACUUGUGGACCAAAAUGAAGUAGAAGUGCUUAUCUUCAAGGGGUUUUCUUCAUCCUUGAGCUAUGGUACUUCCCCUGACCCAACAAGAAGCAUUCUUCCAGCCAGGGCAGUGAUAAAGUCUAUAGAUAGAAUCAAAGGGCCUUUUGACCCUGCCAAUAUAGAGUAUCUGCAGAAGGAUGUGCCAUGGGAAGAAUUCAAGACAAAUCUUCUUUCUAGCUAAAGACAGUGUAGUUAGCUUCUUAAAUUUUUUUCAAUAAUUUUUUCUCUGUGAUUUAAUUUGUAUACUUUGUCGCCGUAACAAAUUUUAUAUUGUCAAACAAAUAUAACCUUGAGAUCAUUAAAAAUGUUCGACUUUAAUUAUAACAACUUUAAA